GUGAGGACUUCAUCAAUCCCAGAGAGUUUCUCAACCGCGGAAGAUGAUCGUGAAGGAGACUCAGGUGUCAUGGACCGAGAUGUUCUUCGAGGCUUGCAUAUUGCGGCCUCGGCGGCUUGUGAUGAAGAAGUAGACACGUUUGUACGCAACAAAACUGGCUUACGGCUUCGGCGAUUUCUUGCAGACCUGAUGGUUCUUGAGACUUUACGUGAUGUUCGACCCGAAGAAGGCGAGGGUCAAGGUGCGAGACGGAGAAGAUCAACUCUGAGAAAGCUGAAGCAGCAGGUUCGUCGAUCUCGAGAGAUUCGAGAGCUUGGAAUGGCAGCUUGA